CCGCCACUUGUACAUGAUGGCACCCCAUCCAGCAAACACAAUGCCCAGACAACCUGCAGAACACAUUGAUGGCAAGCCUAUACUCUCCUACCCAAUUCGUCCAGGCGGCAAAGCGCCGUCCGCUAGAUCAUGCCGAAAACCCACAAACCGAUUUCCAAGCAUCAUUACACCAUAGGCGCUGGACCAAGUCGGAGCGUGGCACAGGACUAGACGGGAAGGACCCCCACCAACUUCCUCACGAAGGAUUUAUUGACGUACCUAUUGUGCUGCUGUCGACCUCGAAACGUAAUCUGCCCCUGACAUCUCGCGUGAACCACAGACAACCACUAUCCAUCUAGUGUCUGAUAUGGAACGUUCGUCAGAGAAGCCACUCGGUAGCUUGACCACGCUACGUGGUGAUGUCCAGUGUCCCGGCUCAACGAACGAGUCCACGCCAGCCAGCGAGUACCCUCGUCGCGCAACCCAAGACGAGAUUCGGGAUCUUCCGCACGACAUUGGUGCCGUGCCUAUCACAGCCUGGCUUCUGUGUUUUACGAGUGCGGCUUCACGUUUGGCGUGGUAUGGAGUAACAGUGCCGUGGCAGAAUUACCUCCAAAAUGCGCGAGGAGAUGAGCUGGUACCCGGAGCUUUGGGCCUGGGGCAAGCAAAGUCGACUAUAAUCCAGAACACAUUUCUGUUCUUCCAGUAUCUGACACCACUGCCGUUUGCUAUCUUGAGUGAUGCGUUCCUGGGCAGAUAUAGAGUAAUGGUCAUCAGCUUAGGGCUAUUGCUUGGUGGCUAUACAGUCAUGUUUGCGACGUCCCUUCCAGAUGCGCUCGAGGCAGGAGCAGGAGUUGGCGGUCUUGUGGCGACGAUGUUGUUGAUCGGGCUUGGACAGGGUGGUCUAUCAGCCGUGAUGUACCCUUUUAUCGGCGACCAAGUCCCGGAAGAGAAACCUAUGGUAACUCUGAAGAAGGGAAGACUAGUUGUGAUCGAUCGGAAGACAACUAUCCAAUACGUGUUCAACGUGUAUUACUGGAUGGUUAACAUCACAACUCUGGCCGGCAUAAUACCAUCUACCUUCCUAGAAAAGCACAUCGACUUCUGGGCUGCAUACCUGAUGCCCACUUGCAUUCUUGCGCUGAGCGUUGUGCCUGUCCUAUUAUGGAACAAGAGUCUCAUGAAAACUGAGCCAAAAGGUAAUGUCAUGACCAAAGUAUUCCAUAUCUUCGCCAUAGCUAUUCGUAACAACUUCCGGCUCUCCGCUGCAUCUCCAGCACAUUUCCAGCACCACGAUGAUGAGACAGUCCCCUGGACGGACAAAUUCAUCGACGAGAUCCGCCGCGGCCUCAAGGCCUGCCGUGUAAUCAUCUGCUUCGUCAUAUUCUGGUUGUGCUACAAUCAAGCCACGAACAAUAUCAUCUCGCAAGCUGGACAGAUGAAAACGCAUGGUGUGUCGAACGACACGAUCAACGCACUGAACCCCGUAGCCUGUAUCAUCCUAGGCCCAUUGAUCCAGAACGUCCUAUUCCCAUUCUUGCGACAUCGGAAAGUUCGUUUUGGGCCGAUACUGCGCAUUGUGGUUGCGUUUUUGUUCACGGCGGCGGCUAUUGCGUACGCGGCGGGCUUGCAGAAGCUCAUCUACUCUGCUGAGCCAUGUUUCGACCAUCCACUGGCUUGUACAAUGGAAAAUGGAUCAGGAAGUGCGCAACCGGGGCCAAAUCAGGUGAAUGUAUGGCUGCAGACACCACUGUACUUCCUCCUUGGAAUUGGCGAGAUCUUGGGUCUUGUCUCACUGAGCGAGUAUGCGUACGCAGAGGCACCGACCGAUAUGAAAGCGUUGGUUCAGGCUUUCCAACAGCUCACUGCAGCAAUAGGUGCGGCUCUGGGCAUAGCACUGGGUCCGGUCUCGAAAGAUCCAUGGUUGGUGGUCAUGUAUGCGUGUCUUGCUGGAGUUAUGGGAUUAUGCGGCGGUCUUUUUUGGCUUGUGUUUAGAAGACUCGACGAUGACUGGGAGAAUGAGGACGAUGGAUCUCCUGAAAAUGCGGAGAGAACAGAGUCAUAGCCGGCGAACAUAGAGAGUUGUGAGGAAACAGCGACCUAAAUACGUGUUGCAAUAUUGAAAGAGAGCUUGUGAUAUGAAAAGCAAGAUCAGCUACAAAAUAAAUGAUAUAUCCCUCCAGAUCCCUCCAGAAGGAGACAUGAAACUGGCACAGCAUGGGAAAAUACAAUCGAGUCCAGUCGACAGAAAUUUAUAAGCGAAGAGCAAGCAGAAGUGGCAUUCCCUAUGCCGCGAUCAAACCUAGACUCGAAUGCUUGAAGAUAAUGCGUUGCAACACCAUACCAAGAUAACGCACGCGCAUAUCGACAGAAUCUCAUAUCCCUCCUGGACGCAACCCCAGAACCAUAAAUCUCACAAAGCAAACAUCGCAAAUAUCCUC